CCCCCAAUGAAAGGAAAGAUGGUCGCACAUGAUCGUACUGAAACAUGGACCGUGAUUGGCCUAAUAUCCGGUUAUGAGCACUAAAAUGCGCUAACAUUGUGACAUACCCCCAGGAUUGGAAAACUUGACAUGUUCCUGGAGGUCUAGCCUGACAGAACCUUCAAAGAACCAGGGGAGAUCGGAUGGUGACCGUGGAGUGAAGGCGCUUGUAUGUCUGUCAUCACGGAGCAAACUUGAGCCCUAUAUAGCAUAUACCAUGACGUUGUCUACUUCACCCAGUCUUUCGGAGAAAGGCGAUGUGGUUCAUCUCGAGGAUGGAAAGCCUGCUAUCGAGGGGCUCUAUAACCCUCAUAUCGACGUUUCGGGUAUCGACGAGCGCGCUUUAAUGCGAAAAGUUGACAUGCGCACUGUACCCUGGCUAUCUUUUCUGUACUUGCUUUGUUUCCUUGACAGAACCAGUAUUGGAAAUGCAAAGUUGUACAACAUGGAAGCAAGCUUGGGAAUAACCGACAACCAGUAUUUGGUAUGCCUCACGAUUUUCUUCUUUUCUUACGCACUAUUCGAGGUGCCCUCGAACAUCGUCUUGAAGCGUCUGAGGCCAUCCGUAUGGCUGUCGGUGCUCAUGGUUCUUUGGGGUGUCAUGAUGACAGUGCAAGGCCUAGUGCACAACUACAGCGGCCUGUUGGUUAUGAGGUUCAUGCUUGGCGCUUUCGAGGCUGGACUUUUUCCCGGAGUCACCUACUAUCUCUCAUGCUGGUAUAAGCGUUCGGAAUUCGGUAUCCGCGCUGCUAUAUUCUUCUCGGCCGCAACUAUUUCUGGCGCAUUCGGUGGCCUUCUCGCUGUCGGCAUAGCCAAAAUGGCUGGGAUCGGUGGAAAGCCUGCGUGGUCAUGGAUCUUCAUUAUUGAGGGCCUUAUUACCAUCGCGGCAGGUGCUGUCUCUUACUGGAUUAUCGUUGACUUCCCGGACAACGCAACAUUCCUUACCGAGGCCGAGCGCACUGUCGUUAUUCGCCGCCUGCAGGGUGAUGCUCAGUUCAGUGCUGCUGGAGAGAAGAUGCAAUGGCGACACAUCACAAAGGCACUGACCGAAUGGAAAACUUACAUUGCCAUGAUCGUCUACGCCGGAGUGGACAUGCCUUUGUACGCAUUUGCCUUGUUCUUGCCUAGCAUCAUUAACCAACUUGGAUACUCUGCCACUAAUGCGAAUCUACUAACCGUCCCCGUUUAUGCGCUGGCAUGUGUAUCUACUUGCGUUGUCGGCUUCCUUGCUGAUCGAUACGGCAAUCGUGGGAUGUUUAACUUCGUACUACUUUCCACUGCUGGUGUGGGAUACAUCAUCUUGAUCGUUUCCCGCAAUGCCGCGCUGUCAUACUUUGCGGUAUUUUUAGCUGCUUGCGGCAUAUACCCUUGUAUUCCAAACACGGUUGCCUGGAUGUCUAACAACUCAGAGGGAACAUACAAGCGUAGUGUCGCUCUUGCGAUGGUUAUCAGUUGGGGGAACUUGCAAGGCGCCGUCAGUUCUAACGUCUAUCGUGCAAACCAGAAGCCUUGGUACCCAUUAGGCCAUGGUCUUGUGCUGAUGUACAUCGGGACUGGCAUCAUCGCUACAGUCACUUUCAUUUUCCUCUUAAAACGAGAGAACGCUCGUCGGGACCGCGGAGAGCGAGAUGAAAUCAUCGAGGGACGCGAGGGAGGCUUUGAAGUCAACGGUCGGUUCGCAAGCGUCGAAGAUGCGAAGAGAGAAAAGGGAGACGAAUGGAGUGGGUACAGGUACACUCUAUGAAAACCUCCUGUCCAAUCUUAACGAACGGUUUGGAUUUUUCUACGAUUUCUUUAUAUGUAACUUACGAUGUGAAUUUACGACUGGAUGUAACAAUACAUUAAUGUCCGAUGACUUGUGGCUCUUA